AUCUACAAAAGGCCUCCGUCAGCGUCUCAUUGUUCAGCUGCCGUUUUGGAGUCCGUCAUUGUUCAUCUACAUCAGCCAUGGCACCCAAGAAAGCGAAGAAACGGGCGGCAGAAGGAGCAAACUCCAACGUCUUCUCUAUGUUUGAACAGGCUCAGAUCCAGGAGUUUAAAGAGGCGUUCACCAUCAUGGAUCAGAACAGAGAUGGAUUCAUUGACAAGAACGAUCUGAGAGACACCUUUGCAGCUCUAGGACGUCUGAAUGUGAAACAGGAGGAGAUUGACGACAUGUUGAAGGAGGCGUCUGGACCCAUCAAUUUCACCGUUUUCCUCACUAUGUUCGGAGAGAAACUCAAGGGUGCUGAUCCCGAAGAAACCAUCCUUAACGCCUUUAAAGUGUUUGAUCCAGAGGGGAAAGGAAUUCUGAAGAAAGAAUAUGUCACGCAGAUGUUGACCACACAGGCGGACAGAUUUUCAGCAGAGGAGAUGGAGCAGAUGUUCACCGCGUUCCCUCCGGACGCUGCUGGAAACCUGGACUACAAUAAUCUGGUUCACAUCAUCACACACGGAGAAGAGAAAGAUCAGGAAUAAUUCAUUUAGCCUUCAGCCAAUCGCAGCGCUCGCUGUGUGUUUGUACCCGCCCAUUUAUUUAUGAUCAACAGGCUUUGUGAAUAAAGUGUUUGCAUUUUUCAAUGA